UACGUGUUUACUGAGUUAAAAAGAAAAAGUUGUUUCUAAUACAGUAUUUAUAUGAUGUAUAUAAAUAGUAACAAAAGUUUGGAUAAAUUAAAUAAUUAGUUUUUUACUUUCGGAGAAAUUAAUAUAACUAUGUAAAUAAUUUAUGCGACAAAGUACACUUUACAUAUUUAAAUGACUGUCAUAAGGAAACUCCGUUAAAACUGCUAGCAUUGCGUUUUGAUAAAUAUCAAUGAAUAAAUUUGAAAUUGCUACAGUUUUAAAGGCUUGAAAUGAAGUACCAACAUACGGUGCAGGUGGGACAAUUCUACCGCUUAUGUUGACAUAUCAACAUUAUCAUUUCAUCAAUAAUUCAUUUGUUACGUCAAAAAAGAUGUAUCUCAUCUAAUUUAAAAAAGUUCACAGUUUCAGUUAAAAUAAAUUCUACUCAAUUUGUCUUUAUUUGAAUAUAAGUGAAACUUAUAAGAUAUAUUAGUAGAUAUGGAGACGUCAACGUAUAACAACGUUACGGCAGCGAGAAUACGUCCCUCAACGCACUCGGUGCCGAUUUACGUUAUUGUUGUCGCCAUAUUAAGUUGUUUGCUGUCUUUCAUUGGAAUAAUUAGCAUAUUUAUAUCUUAUUAUGCCAUCGCAAAUGUCCGGAAUUAUAUCCGAAAACUAUUACUGUUUUUGACCAUUGCUAAUUUGUUGGAUGUAAUUGGGAUAGUAAUUGGAAUUGCAAGAUACAUGCUCCUGGUGUACACAGAUGUUGACUAUCAACAUGAAAAACAAAGUUGCACAUUUCAGAGUUUUAUAACAUCAUUUUCCCUGCGUAGUUCUUUUUUCUGGACUGUUUUAAUAGCGGUUUAUAUUCAGGUCCAAGUACUGAAACCGAGAUGGGUUGAUAACAUGUCUAACAAUCGUGCAACCGUUACGUAUCAUGUGAUGUCAUGGGGUAUACCAGGUAUCAUAUGUGUACUGGGCUUGUACUAUGACGUAUUUGGUGACACCGAGGACAUCUUCACAGGACCUUGGUGCUGGAUUAGGACAAACUUACCGAGAAAAACGGCCAUACUGUGGAUGUUUCUGACACUGAAAGGAUGGGAAAUUCUUUCCUAUAUCAUCUUAGCCGAAGUGCUGGUUUAUGUCGUCUAUAAAAAGUAUAUAUUACCCACAUGCAUGAAAAAAAGACGGACACCGUUUGCCGAGUUAUUCGGACAGAGUACACAAGUUAAUGUGUCCAAAGGUCUACGACCGGAAGAUAAGAAUUUUGUAUAUGUCUGGCUCAUAUUCUAUGUUCUUCGUUUUGGAGGAACCUUCCGAUUCUUGAUGCAUAUAAUCAAAGAACCAACAGAUAACGUAAUGGUAAAUACAGAUAGAGCUAUGAUGGUAUGGCAAGCGUUUGGUGACACGGCACAAGCGUUCGGAAACUUUAUUUUCCUUUGUGUUUUUGACAAAUCUAUCAGACUACAUUACUGUGGCAAUAAUAUAAACAAUGUCAGCGAUGACGACGUGGCGACCAGAAGAGAGGAUUUUGUAAACAAUGGUUUAGCUUCAACAGAAUCAUUACAAACAUAACGGCAGACAUGUUUUAUCAUACAAUUUCAUGUCUUUCAUGGCCAUUUAUUACAACGAUUUCAUGUCGAAUAUUAUGUGUAUUUAAAGGAAACAAUCGUGGGAUGUUCUACCAUACUAUAAACUUAUCUGAAAAAAAAAGACUGUAACUUUUAUAACUGUUCUCUCUGUUGUCGAGUUUGUCAUUAUUCAAAAUACGUUACUGCACAGUAAAUGCCUAUGCUGAAGUUAACAAAUGUAUAUAAUUGUCUAAUUUGGCAUUUUAGGCGCAGUUGUCUGCUACUGAAACAAUCUUCGUUUAAUUUAUUUUUCUUUUGUUUCAGCAGAUAUUGAUUAUAGUUUAUUUUUGAAAAUUAUUUCUAUAACUGUUUCGUGAGUAUCAAUGCCUUGUCCCUUACAUUUUAAAUAUAUUUUGAAGCAUACAUUAGCUGUCUGUCAUGUGAAAAGUAUACAUUUCUUAGAUGACUAAAGACUCUCACAAUAACAUGAAAAUGUUAACCAAUAAAUUCAUUGACACCUUUUAACAACAGUUUGUGUCUGUAUUUCGUACAAGUGUGAAAAGAAAAA